AUGUUUAAUGUACAGUCGUAUGAUUACGCAGGUAAUCCUUUAGGUGUUUCAGGUAACUAUGAAAGAAUAGCCUUUGCACCUUACUUCAUAUUUAAAGAUCUUAUUACAAUAUUUGCAUUUAUAUUUGUAUUAUCAUUAUUUGUUUUCUUUAUGCCUAACGUAUUAGGUGACAGUGAAAACUAUGUAAUGGCAAACCCUAUGCAAACUCCUGCUGCUAUAGUUCCGGAGUGA